CAGAAAACAGUGGAGAACAACAAAAUAUUAUAACAUCUGAAGAAAAAUUCACAAAGCUGAAACUUAUGUAUGCACAAAUUAGAGAUGAACAUAUCCACCUAUUACGACAGCAUGGAGAAACAAAUAAAAUAUUAAAUACGGAGCGCCAAAAUAACUCUUUACUUCAAAAUGAAUUAACGGAAAAUAAAGUGCUAAUUAGAGACAUGGAAUGUAAGUUAAAUGUUGUUGAAAAACUAAAGAAACAAAAUUCUCUUUUAGAGACUAAUAUUGCGGAUUCGAUAAAUAAAUAUGAUUCGCUUUUAAUCGAAAAUAAGAAAUUAAAAACAGAUCACUUGCAGCUAAAAAUAUUUCAGGAAUCAAAAUUAAGUGAUCAAAUCAAAGAAACAGAAAAUUUAAAAUUAACUUUAAAAGAUUUAAACGAAUCAUUCCUUAAAGAAUCCGAAGAACAAGAAAAAGAAAACACUGUUUUAAAAUCCCAAAUAAAUAGUAAAUUAGACGAAAUUAAAAAAAUUCAAGAAAAAUGUGAAUUUGAAGUAAAUCAUAAAGAAACUGAGCUUUUCAACAUUAAAAAAUCUCUUCAAAAUUGUAUUAUACAGUUAAAGGAAAAAGAACAGGAAUACAAGUCCUUGAUGAAUUAUAAAGAUUCAAUUGAAUUACGUUACAACAAUUUGAACUUGAGUAAUGAAGCUUGUAAGGAACGAGUUAUAAAAGCAGAAUCGGAACUUGAAAUUACUAAAUCGAAUAGGGAAACUGAUAACAAAAGGCAUAAAAUGAUGUUUAUGUCAUUAAUAAGUUCUAUAUUAGAAACAAACAGAUUUUUGUUAAACACUAAAUUUGAUGAGUCUUAUGAAGAACCAUUUAAUAAAUCCAUAGCUGCUUGUAAUGAAAUUAUAGAAACGUUGGAUAAAUUAGAUAAUAUAACUACACAGCACUGCAUAGAUGACAGCCAUUUGGGAGAAUUAGCAUUAAAAUAUACAUCAAUUGCUUGCAACAGUAUUGUACUACAUGAGAAAUGCAUUUUAAUAUCAAAAACUUCCACGGAUAUUUUACAUAUUGAAGAUAUAACAAAAAGACUUUACGAUUUAAAAAAACCUUUAAUUGUUCUUAAUUCAUUACUCGGUGAUGUCAAUAAGAAAAACGAUAUAAAUGUAUGUGUUGCAGACAUUAAAAGAGAACUAUGUGACAUGUUGUUAUUAUUCCAAAAAUUGCAAGUACAAUGUAAAGAUAGUUUAGCCUAUGAACAACUUAUUGAAAGAGAGAUUUUUGAAAUGGAGAAGGCUAUCGAAGAAGCGGCUAUGAAGUUUGUGUUGAUGUUAAAAAAUUCAAAGUCAAAUGAUAAUGGAAUUAAAUUGGAAGUCAAUGAAAAAAUUUUGGAUGCUUGCGCAAAUUUAAUGAAAUGCAUUAAAGAACUAAUUCAUAAUUCUAAAAUUUUGCAGGACGAAAUUUUAUCAACUGGAUGUGGAUCAAUAUCGGUUACUGAGUUUUAUACACGUAAUAGUCAUUGGACGGAUGGGUUAAUUUCAGCAUCAAAAAGCGUAGCAAAAGGAGCAAAUUUACUUGUAGAAGCAGCAAAUAAAUCUCUUUCAACAGAAAAUAAUGACAAUUUUGAAAUAAUUGUAGCUGCGCAAGAAAUUGCUGCGUGUACUGCGCAGCUAGUGAUUGCUAGCAAAGUAAAAGCUUCAAGAAGUAGUACAAAACUAAAAGAUUUGACUAAAGCAUCUCGUUACGUAUCUGAAGCUACUGGAUUUCUUGUAGCCACUGUUAAAGAUGGUAAUCAUCGGUUAGAACAAUUGGACGACAUCGAUUUAACUAAACUUACGGCUUCUCAAGCUAAAACAAUGGAAAUGGACAUACAAGUGAAAGUACUGGAACUGGAACAAGCUUUACAAUCAGAAAGAAUAAAACUCUCAUCAUUCCGACGUAAAUUUUAUCAUAGUUCUGAUAGCAUGUAAACAUUUUAUAAAUUUUUAAAGUAUGUAUUAAUUUUAUGACCCGAUGUAAAUAUAUACUAUACAAACUAUAA